GUGGCCGAGUGCAGGCUGUGGGGUCGGGCGCAGUUUGUGGGGUCGGCCGCAGUUUGUGGGAUCGGCCGCAGGUUGUGGGGCCGGCCGCAGGUUGUGGGGCCGGCCGCAGGUGAGCCCCGUGCAGGUGGAGCAGCGCAGCGGUGUCUGCCAUGCAGUCCGUGGGUCCGUCCGUGCUGCUGCUCUUGCUGUGCCCGCUGGCCGUGGCUCUGCCCCGUGCGGGUGGCGGCCGCGGGCGGUUUUGGCAUCUCACAGACCUGCAUUGGGACCCCGGGUACGAGGCGGCGGCGGCGGCGGGACGGCCGUGCCCCUCGGGCGGCGAUCGGGCCGGACCCGCCGGGCCCUGGGGCAGCUACCUGUGCGAUGCUCCCUGGAGCCUGCUGGGCUCGGCCGCCCGGGCCAUGCGGGACCGCCUGCCCAAGCCGGACUUCGUGCUCUGGACCGGAGAUGACACUCCCCAUGUCCCCAAUGARCAGCUUGGAGAAGAAAAGGUUCUGCACAUAAUAGCAAAUCUGACUUCUCUGAUAAAAGAGACAUUUCCAGGUACGAAAGUCUACACAGCGAUGGGCAAUCAUGACUUCCACCCCAAGAAUCAGUUUCCUGGGAAGGAGCACAGGAUCUACAACCAAACAGCGGAACUGUGGCGACCCUGGCUGAGUGAGGCCUCCCUUCCUCUCUUCAGAGCAGGAGCUUUCUACAGCGAGAAGUUGCCUGGCCCAGGGACGAGGGGGCGGAUGGUUGUCCUCAACACCAACCUGUACUAUGACCAGAACAAUGAGACAGCUGGUGAGGAGGAUCCUGGGGGCCAGUUCCAGUGGCUGGAAGAAACACUGACCAAUGCCUCUAGAGCAGAUGAAAUGGUCUACAUUGUGGGCCAUGUCCCUCCUGGCUUCUUUGAGAAGACACGGGGCAAGCCCUGGUUCCGGAGGGGCUUCAACGAGCGGUACCUGGGAAUUGUKCAGAAGCACCAUGGGGUGAUUGCUGCUCAGUUCUUCGGGCACCAUCACACAGACAGCUUUCGCAUGUUCUACAGCGACACAGGUACUCCAAUCAAUGUCAUGUUCCUGGCCCCUGGAGUGACUCCCUGGAAAACAACCUUGCCUGGAGUGAAUAAUGGAGCCAACAACCCUGGGAUUCGGGUGAUCGACUAUGAUCGGGACACCCUUCAGGUCUUGGAUAUGGUGACUUACUACUUGAACCUUACUCAUGCCAACAUGAUGGCCCUACCAUGGGAGGAAGAGUUCCCAGAGUGGGAGGAAGAGUACAGGCUGACAGAAGCCUUCCAGGUCCCUGAUGGCUCCGCAUGCUCCAUGCAGACGGUGCUGGAGAGGAUCUCGAGGGAGCCACGUUACUUGCAGCUCUACUAUGAGUUUAACUCUGCCAGAUAUGAUCUGGCUCCAUGCAAGCAGGAAUGCCGUGUGGAUCACCUGUGUGCCAUCAGGGAAGUGGAUUUUACGAAGUAUGAUGAGUGUGUGAAAACCAACAGCUCUGCCUUUGCUGCMAGCAGUGUUUGGCUUUUGGUUUUCUGCGUGUUCUUAGGAUUUCUCAGUCCUCAAUGAGUGGUGUGAUGGCCAAGAGCAAGAGAAAAGGAUACACGAGAUCAUGCUACACUGCAUGUGAAUUGGUGAUUUUGUCAUUGAGAACUUGCUUGGAAACCAGAACAAAAUUGUCAGUAUGUUUACUAAAGGCUCUGUGAUGCUGAUUUGAAAUUUUCUAGACAACUUGAUGUGUGAAGGGCAAUAUUUGUGAGAGUGUUGUUGUGCCAAACUGACUUCAACGAGGAGUCUGCCUCCCAGCUGCUGGGGCAACCUCACAAAUGAGAUGAAGACCAGGCCUCCCUGUGGACAUGAACUGGAAACGGGUGAGGGGAGGGAGCUGCCACAUGUUCCAGAGGCUGCUGUCAGCAUUCCUUACAUUGGCACACACUUCUGCAAGUUUGCACAGCAGGUGACUCAAGAAGUCUUGUUGUGGUGGCCUGUUCCACAACAGCCUGUGGCUUAUGAGCAAAGCCAGGUGGGGCGGCAGUGUCUGGACUUCAGCAGCCUUUGUUGUUUCAGAGCUGAAGAUGAGGUACUGAUGAUUAUUUUCCCCUCAGCUGCUGAGCACAAAUAGCUCUCUUCUCUCUCUUCUGUGCUCUCUUCACCCACCUCCACUGAGUUCCCUCCCUCAUGUGGCCUUGGCAGCUGACCUGGCUGGUGAUUUACAGCCUUGGGUUUGCCAGCUGCUCUGAGACCYGGAGGGAAGCAGUGCACAGUGUGGUACUGCACUGCAGGUACGGCUGGAUGGGUGCAGGAUGAGUGCUCUGUGUUGUGUGAAGGUGGCUUUGUGCUCUCUCGGGGGUCUGGCAGGGGGAGGGGUUGUGCUUUUGCUGCCGGUGUUGUUAUUUGCCCCGGAGCUGCCUCAGAGCGUGUGCCGGGCAAUGCUGCGGGUGCUCCAACACACGGUUAAGGACCGGGAGCGGCCGUGGGGCUGUCGGCGCGGGCUCUGACAUUGUGGUACCUCACUGCCCAUGGGCACACAGCCCACUCCUCUCCUGGGCUGCAGGGCUCGCAGCCCCCACCCCUGCCCCUCCAGCUCUCUGUCCUAGUGGUCUUCUCUCAGGGUUAGUUUCAAGCACUAAUUGUGAUACUGGAAUGUCAGGUACCUCCUACUGCUUUAGAGUUUAUGKGACCUUUGGGAAAGGGUCACKUAACUGCA